AUGGCGACACUAGGCGGCUAUCUCGAGAGUAAACAAGGCUUCACCCCCCCCAAAGCAAGCAAGUUCCAUGAUGACAGAAACACUAACCCCCAUCCUUCACCUCUAGAAAAGGUCCUCGUCGUAACGGCCGACUCUCGAAUCCUCGUUGGAACGCUCUCGGCGGCUGACCAAUCCACAAACCUUGUCCUGAGCAAUGCGACGGAGCGCAUUAUCCGCGAGCCCGACGAUGACGAGCCGUCGACCGAGAUCCCGCUAGGGCUUUACCUCGUACGAGGAGACAACGUUUGCUCCGUUGGACUGGUGGACGAGAAGCUGGACGACAGCAUCAACUGGACGCAGGUCAAGGGUUCGGUGAUUGGCGGCAUCAAGCACGCGUAG